AUGGAUGUAUCACCUGAAGAGUUCAGGCAUGUGCCGAUGUGUGAGACUGCGAAAGAAGUUUGGAAUAUUCUUAAGACUACACAUGAGAGAACCAUAGCCGUUAAGAACUCUAAAUUAAAAAUGUUGACUACUAGAUUUAAGGAAAUUAAGAUGAGAAAUGAUGAGUCUUUUGAUAAUUUCUAUGCUAAAUUGAAUGAUAUGGUCAACUCUAAUUUUAAUUUAAGUGGCCGAAUUUCAGAGGUUAAGAUUGUGAGAAAAGUGAUGAGAUCCCUACGUGAAAAAUUUAGAUCUAAGAGAGACUUAUGCAAAGCUAUGAAUACUACUUUUACUGAUGACGAGUCUAGCUCAAAUAAUCAGAGUGAGAAGUCCUCUCAUGAUGAGACUGAGAAAUAUAUGGCAUUCAUAGUUGUAGUUAAGAAUAAGUCACUUGAGGAUAAAGAGAAAUCCGAUCGUUUACAAGAAGGGUCGGAAGAUAAGCGAGACAUAUGUGAGGCCUUUGAUGAGCUGUUUCAGGAUUGCCUGAAGUUGGAAAAAGUGAAAUAG